AAUGUAGUAGUAGCCAUAGAAACUGUAAACAGAAUUGGGAAUAACACUUCACUGUAAAAAAAAAAGGAAAUAAUAAUUCCUGAGAGAAAGGCGCGAUUUAUCUGAAAGAAGAAAACCUAGUAGCCGCUGAAAGCGAAAACCCUAAAGAGACUCACGCCACAAAAUCGCUCUCGCGCGCUUUGUCCCCCUCCGGCGGCAUCUCGGCAAUAGGUUCUCGUCGUUCAGGAUGGCGGGGAGUGAAGCGAAAAACUCUGGCUCAAAGCAAUCUGGUGCGAAGAAGAAGGAGGUGAAGAAAGAGACUGGAUUAGGACUCACGAAUCGCAAGGCUGAUAACUUCGGAGAGUGGUAUUCCGAGGUGGUUGUUAAUUCCGAAAUGAUUGAGUACUAUGACAUUUCUGGCUGCUACAUUCUGAGGCCUUGGGCAAUGGCAAUAUGGGAGAUCAUGCAAGGAUUCUUCGAUCCUGAAAUAAAGAAGAUGAAAAUCAAGAAUUGCUACUUCCCUUUGUUUGUGUCUCCCGGAGUUUUGGAAAAGGAGAAGGAGCACGUUGAGGGAUUUGCACCAGAGGUUGCUUGGGUGACAAAGUCUGGAAAAACCGACUUAGAAAUUCCGAUUGCCAUUCGUCCAACUAGUGAAACUGUCAUGUAUCCAUACUACUCCAAGUGGAUUAGGGGACACCGUGACUUGCCUCUGAAACUUAAUCAGUGGUGUAAUGUUGUUAGAUGGGAGUUCAGCAACCCCACACCAUUCAUCAGGAGUCGAGAGUUCCUUUGGCAGGAAGGACAUACUGCUUUUGCAACCAAGGAAGAGGCAGAUGUUGAGGUUCUUGAGAUAUUAGAAUUAUAUAGGCGCAUAUAUGAAGAGUUUUUAGCCGUUCCUGUCAUUAAGGGUAAGAAAAGUGAGAUGGAGAAGUUUGCUGGUGGACUUUACACUACCAGUGUUGAGGCAUUUAUUCCAAACACUGGACGUGGAGUACAAGGUGCUACUUCUCAUUGUCUUGGCCAAAAUUUCGCUAAGAUGUUCGAGAUAAACUUUGAAAAUGAAAAGGGAGAAAAAGCAAUGGUCUGGCAAAACUCAUGGGCCUAUAGUACUCGAACUAUUGGGGUGAUGGUGAUGGUUCACGGUGAUGACAAGGGAUUAGUGCUUCCUCCUAAAGUGGCCUCAGUCCAAGUUAUUGUGAUUCCGGUGCCUUACAAAGAUGCUGAUACUCAAGGAAUCAUUGAUGCCUGUACUGCAACUGUAAAUACAUUGUGUGAAGCAGGUAUUCGUGCUGAGUCAGAUUUUAGAGAUAACUAUUCUCCUGGAUGGAAGUAUUCACACUGGGAAAUGAAAGGUGUUCCUCUUAGAAUUGAAAUUGGGCCAAAGGAUUUAGCAAAGAAGCAGGCUAGAGCUGCUCGACGUGAUAAUGGAGCAAAAAUAGACAUUGCAAAUGACAAUUUGGUUGAUGAAGUUAAGAAGUUACUUGACACUGUUCAACAGAACCUUUUUGAUGUUGCAAAACAAAAACGAGAUGAAUGCAUUGAGGUUGUACAUACUUGGGAUGAAUUUGUACAAGCUUUGAACCAAAGAAAAAUGAUAUUAGCUCCUUGGUGUGACGAGGAGGCGGUGGAAGCUGAUGUUAAAGCAAGGACAAAGGGUGAGAUGGGAGCAGCUAAGACACUUUGUAGUCCUUUUGAUCAGCCAGAACUCCCAGAAGGUACCAAGUGCUUUGCCUCAGAAAAACCUGCUAAGAAAUGGUCAUAUUGGGGCAGAAGUUACUAGAUGACUAGUUUGUGAUACUUUUUUUUUAUAUGGAUGGGUGUUAAUGGUGCCCUGUCUGGAUUUGUUGAGCACACACCAGUUUUAGUUUUUCCAAUUGGUUAUUUUCUUUUUCAGCUGUCGGUUGUUCGAUGAUUUUGUACUACAUAUUACUUAAAAAACUGCAGUUAAUUGAACAUGGCAUCAUUUUCUUGACUCACUGA